UCAGUUGGUUCUUCCCAAAAGAGUUUUGGGGAGACAUUGCCAAGGAAUUUUACUGGAAGACCCCUUGUCCUGGCCCAUUCCUCAAGUACAACUUUGAUGUGACUAAAGGAAAAAUAUUCAUUGAGUGGAUGAAAGGAGCAACUACCAACAUCUGUUACAACGUACUGGAUCGAAUUGUCCACGAGAAAAAACUUGGUGACAAAAUUGCUUUUUACUGGGAGGGCAAUGAGCCAGAGGAGACUACCCAAAUCACAUAUCAUGAACUUCUGGUCCAAGUGUGCCAGUUCAGCAAUGUUCUCCGAAAACAGGGCAUUCGGAAGGGUGACCGAGUGGCCAUCUACAUGCCCAUGAUACCAAAGCUUGUGGUAGCAAUGCUGGCAUGUGCUCGCCUUGGGGCUCUCCACUCCAUUGUGUUUGCAGGCUUUUCUGCAGAGUCUCUGUGUGAGCGGAUCCUGGAUGCCAGUUGCAGCCUUCUCAUCACUGCAGAUGCCUUCUACAGGGGGGAAAAACUUGUGAAACUGAAGGAACUGGCUGAUGAGGCCCUGGAGAAGUGUCGGGAGAAGGGUUUCCCCGUGAGAUGCUGCAUUGUGGUCAAGCACCUGAGGAGGACAGAGCUGGGAACAGGUGACUCUCUCAGUCAGUCCCCCCCAAUUAAGAGGCCAUGUCCGGAUGUGCAGGGUAAGCUGAAAGAAAAACCCAAGUGCAUCUGGCCCCAGAUAUCCUGGAAUGAGGGGGUUGACUUCUGGUGGCAUGAACUCAUACACGAGGCAGGGGAUGAGUGUGAGCCUGAGUGGUGUGAUGCCGAGGACCCGCUCUUCAUCCUGUACACCAGUGGCUCCACAGGCAAACCCAAGGGUGUGGUACACACAGUUGGAGGCUACAUGCUCUAUGUGGCCACAACCUUCAAGUACGUGUUUGACUUCCAUGCAGAGGAUGUGUUCUGGUGCACAGCAGACAUUGGCUGGAUCACUGGCCAUUCCUAUGUCACCUAUGGACCAAUGGCUAACGGUGCCACCAGUGUUUUGUUUGAGGGGAUCCCCACAUACCCGGACGUGAGCCGCAUGUGGAGUAUUGUGGACAAGUACAAGGUGACCAAGUUCUACACAGCACCUACAGCUAUCCGCCUGCUCAUGAAGUUUGGAGAUAAGCCUGUCACCAAGCAUAGCCGGGCAUCCUUACAGGUAUUAGGCACAGUAGGAGAACCCAUCAACCCUGAGGCCUGGUUGUGGUACCACCAGGUAGUAGGUGCCCAACGCUGCCCUAUUGUGGACACCUUCUGGCAGACAGAGACAGGUGGCCAUAUGCUGACCCCCCUCCCUGGUGCAACACCCAUGAAGCCUGGUUCUGCUACCUUUCCAUUUUUUGGUGUAGCUCCUGCAAUCCUGAAUGAGUCUGGGGAAGAGUUGGAAGGUGAAGCGGAAGGCUAUCUGGUGUUCAAGCAGCCCUGGCCAGGGAUCAUGCGCACUGUCUAUGGGAAUCAUGAACGCUUUGAGACCACUUACUUUAAGAAGUUCCCUGGGUACUACGUGACAGGAGAUGGUUGCCGGCGAGACCAGGAUGGCUAUUACUGGAUCACUGGCAGGAUUGAUGACAUGCUGAAUGUAUCUGGACACCUGCUGAGCACGGCAGAGGUGGAGUCAGCACUUGUGGAACAUAAGGCUAUCGCAGAGGCAGCCGUGGUCAGCCACCCUCAUCCUGUGAAGGGCGAAUGCCUCUACUGCUUUGUCACCCUGUGUGAUGGCUAUACCUUCAGCUCCACUCUCACCGAGGAGCUCAAGAAGCAGAUUAGAGAAAAGAUUGGCCCCAUUGCCACACCGGAUUACAUCCAGAAUGCACCUGGCUUGCCUAAAACCCGCUCAGGGAAAAUCAUGAGGCGGGUGCUUCGGAAGAUCGCUCAGAAUGACCAUGACCUGGGAGACAUAUCUACUGUGGCUGACCCAUCUGUCAUUAGCCAGCUCUUCAGCCACCGCUGCUUGACUGUCCAGUGAACAAGACUGCCCUUUAUCCCGUACUCCCCGCUGCUUGCCUUUCCAAAGUUUUGCCCACCCUCCCUGCCCCUAUCCAGGAGUGCUAAGGGCCAGGGCUGACCCACACGGAGGACCAGCUUUACCCCUGGGUGGAGGCAACUUUCUGUGACUGCCAGGAAGAUAGGACAGGACCCAGGUCAGUAUCAGGCUGCAGUGCUUUCAAAGAGCUCUUGGAGCCCAGAAUAGGGUGAAGGUCAUGUCCCUAACCCAAACUGAGUGUUCGGAAAGCAAGUGAGGGCCUAGACCAGCCGUGGGCAAACUGCGGCCCGCGGGCCGGAUCUGGCCCAUUUGAAA